AUGGACAACAAGGCACAGAUUAUUUUGUAUGGUUUAGCUAUGUCAACAUGUACUCAACGUGUAAUAGCAACAUUAACUGAAAAACAACUUAAUUUUAAACUUGUAUCAGUAGACUUUGCUGGUGGUGAACAUAAAACUGCAAAAUACAUGGAAGAAAAACAACCAUUUGGCGUUAUUCCUGUAUUGAUUGAUGAAGAUGGUUUUAAAAUUUAUGAAUCACGAGCUAUUUGUCGAUAUUUGGAAUUAAAAUAUAAAGGCAAAGGUACUGAAUUAAUACCAAAAGACAUAAAAGCACAAGGUCUAUUUGAACAAGCUGCAUCUAUAGAAACAUCUUAUUUUGAUCCUUAUGCUAGUGGUAUUGUAGUAGAACGAGUUUUUAAAAAAAUGAAAGGACAAGGUGAAGCAGAUGAAGCUAAAGUAGCUUCAUUAAAAGCAACAUUAACUGCCAAUUUAGAUGUUUAUGAAAAGAUUUUAUCUAAACAACCAUAUCUCGGUGGUGCAAAUUUUACUUUGGCUGAUUUAUUUCAUUUGCCUUAUGGUGCAUGGCUUGUUAAACUUGGUGAAGGUCAUUUGUUCGAAUCACGACCACAUGUUAAACAAUGGUGGGAUAAAAUUACAACACGAGUAUCAUGGAAAACUGUUCAAGCAAUGCAAUAA